AUGAACGGGACAGAAGGCCAAGACUUCUACGUGCCCAUGUCCAACAAGACGGGCGUGGUGCGGAGCCCCUUCGAGUACCCCCAGUAUUACCUGGCUGAGCCCUGGAAGUUCUCAGCACUGGCUGCUUACAUGUUCAUGCUGAUCCUGCUGGGCUUCCCCAUCAACUUCCUCACGCUCUACGUCACCAUCCAGCACAAGAAGCUCCGCACACCUCUGAACUACAUCCUGCUGAACCUGGCGGUGGCCGACCUCUUCAUGGUGUUUGGAGGCUUCACAACCACCAUGUACACCUCCAUGAACGGCUACUUUGUCUUUGGAGUAACAGGGUGCUACAUCGAAGGCUUCUUUGCCACGCUGGGCGGUGAAAUUGCUCUCUGGUCACUGGUGGUCCUGGCCAUCGAAAGAUACGUAGUGGUCUGCAAGCCCAUGAGCAACUUCCGCUUCGGGGAGAACCACGCCAUCAUGGGCGUUGCCUUCUCCUGGAUCAUGGCCUUGGCAUGUGCAGCUCCCCCCCUUUUCGGCUGGUCCAGGUACAUCCCUGAGGGCAUGCAGUGCUCGUGCGGGAUCGACUAUUACACCCUCAAGCCAGAGGUCAACAAUGAAUCUUUUGUCAUCUACAUGUUUGUGGUUCACUUCAUGAUCCCGCUGGCGAUCAUUUUCUUCUGCUACGGAAACCUGGUCUGCACUGUCAAGGAGGCUGCUGCCCAGCAGCAGGAGUCUGCCACCACCCAGAAGGCAGAGAAGGAAGUGACCCGCAUGGUCAUCAUCAUGGUCAUCUCCUUCCUGAUCUGCUGGGUGCCCUAUGCCAGUGUGGCAUUCUACAUCUUCACCAACCAGGGGUCAGACUUCGGGCCCAUCUUCAUGACCAUCCCAGCAUUCUUUGCCAAGAGCUCAGCCAUCUACAACCCUGUCAUCUACAUCGUCAUGAACAAACAGUUCCGUAACUGCAUGAUCACAACCCUCUGCUGUGGCAAGAACCCUCUGGGUGACGAGGACACAUCUGCUGGCAAGACAGAGACCUCGUCCGUCUCCACCAGCCAGGUCUCUCCUGCAUAG